GCAACGUGUAUGGUUUGAAUGACUUAAACCAAGUUCCUGUUUCCUUUACAGAACUGUAUGUUUUUGUAGUCAGUGAGCGUCUGGAUUUUUCAUCGUGAUGUACAGCAGCUAAAGAAGUUACUGUAAUAUAUACACUCUGCUUUCUGCAUAAAUAAAAAGGGCUAUAUGCUCCAAACAAUAAUUAUAUUUCAUCUGACUAUUCAUAGGGAAAGAUUCAGCCUGUUUGUAUCUGUGGAGCAUUUUCUUGAGAAGAUUCAAACUCCAUUGAACAGGAAAUAAGCACGGCGUGGAGGGAAGGAUGGCGUCUCACAACAUGACAUGGAUCAGCUACCCAAGCAAGAAUUUGGCUUUCAACUCCCCAGAAGAAAUCGAAGCCUUCAUAGCUUCUCAAAACAUCAUAUCAAGACUUAUGCACUGCUACAUCGCUUUUUUUGUACCAACAGGAUUAAUAGCUGGCAUAUGUAUUUUGAUCAUUUUCAUAAAGAAUUAUGUGCAGCACAAGGUCAUAGAAAACUUAGACUUACUUCUUCUAGCCUUCACCAUCAGCAAUAUUAUAAUGAUUCUUUUAUCAUUUUCUGUUAUCACUAGACCUGACUAUUUAAAAGCAACUCACCUCGCGUGUAAUGUACUGUCAUUUUUUUUCAACUUCAGUUAUUUCAAUUCUCAGUAUGUUUUCUUGCUGACACUUCUCAUACUAUUACUGAAGAGAUUUCCACCAAGGACUGCUCUCAGCAAAGCAACUCAAAGACCCAUAUUGUGUGUUGGAUUUGUACUUACAUAUGCCUUCUGCUUGUCACUGACUGAGGCAGUACUGGUUGGCACAGAUAACUACCACUUGGAAACAGACUGCCAGUUAGAUCCAUUAUUUGCAUGGCCUGAAUACGAGAUCAUUAAAUUCACCUUUGGAUUUGCAAUCCCAUCAUUUCUUCAGAUACUCUGUUUUACUGUUCUCGUCGCAAAAGAAGCACCUGCUGAAGCUCCAGCCUUACAACAGCACAUUCGUACUUACCCUGCUGCGUAUAUUAUAAGCAUAACGAUAUUUAUAUGCCGUCUCUUUUACAACGUUAUGCUUCUCUUCAGGACAACAUUCAAACUACAGAAGAGCAUUGGAACUCCAAAGAAUGAGCUUGUGAUGAAUAUUGCAGAAAUUGUGUUGUUCUGUGAGAGCUGUGCUAGUUUGGUACUUAUACUUUGUUUUCAUAAACCAUGCAAGGAUGAAGUACUUAAAGUCAUCCAGAACUGCCGAAGGAAAAACACUGCCAACAAUCACCUGGAAAUACCAGUAACAGCUACAACCCAUGGAAGUGGGUCUCAGUAAUACCCAGUUGUUCGGAGGAACUGUCAAUCCAUUUUACUUUUGAGUUUGUGGGUUUUGGUUCAUUUUUUUCACUUCUUCAAAAAAGGGUAAUUGUUCCUUCUUUAGAAACCAAACUUGGACUGUCUUGCAACUAGCAGUUCUGAACUGAAGAAAAAAAAGAUUCUUAGUGCUAGUAUUAGCAGUGAUCUAUGAGAAAACAUGUAAGGUCUGAGGUUUUUUUUGCAUAUAUAUAUAUUUAAAUCGCCUACAGUGUUACUUCAAAGCCAAGUAGUAAGAAAAGUACUGCUGCCAUAGAAGUGUGCUUUUGUAAUACCACCACUGCCCCAGCAAAGUUGCAAGCAAAAACACGGUAGAAAACAACUUUGAACAAAGGUAAAAAUCUUCAGCCAAAGCAUUUUCUCAGGUGUGCUGCUGCUUCUGAUUUCUUAGCCUACAAACUACUUAUUUUUAUAACAGUGGUUAAUUCCAGUAGCAGCAGCAGUGAAGUAUGGCUUAAGAAUCCAUUAUAACCCUGAAAGAGUAUGUAAUACUGUACAUCUACUGUAGCACUUGCUUAGACACACACACACGCACACAAACUAAGCAUUUCUUCCCUUUUUCCGUUUUCCUCUUACACUUUUAUUGGAGCCCUUAAGGUUUUCGUCUGAAUUCGUGUUCCAAAAAAAAAAAAGAAAUAAAAUUCAAAUUAAUGGAAAGUCUGGUCCAUAAAGGAAAGCUUCAGCUCCUUUGUGAGGCACUGAACUGGAAAGAUCAACAGGAUGGCUAAUUAAAACUCUAUGCAAGAAUGAAAGGUUUUCGUUAAUGUACUCUAAGCUUCAACUCUGCAUUAAGACUUAGAGCAAUUAUUGAUUUAAGCCAUUCUUGAUGAGUUCAUUCAGAAGUAUGAAGAUGCCUUGGAAGAGUCACACAAUAAUAUACUAACUAAAAGAACAGGCGAAAAGCCAGCCCAGAACAGUAGAUGUGAGGCAUAUUUGAAACUGGGCAGAACCCAAGUUUCAAACUGAAAUCAGGGCUCUGCUAGAGACAAGACAGGAGCAUAAUACAUUUAGUUUAGAAUUCCUGUGUAAAUGGUACAAAAUGGG